AUGUUCCCCCCUCCAGGGGAAGGGCGUAUGAUGUCCAACGACAGCAUGAGGCUAGACUACGGCGACUACGGCAAUAUGGCGGGGGGCAUGCAGGGCGACGGCAUGACGGAGGGAGACUCCACCUACUGUGACAUGCUGCUCAACGCCCCCGUGCCACCCACCGCCGACCAGGUGCCCUGGUUCUGCAUCUGCACCAGCUGCAAGGGCACCCCGGGGCCCAAGGGGGACAGAGGCGACCGCGGCUUGCCAGGCAGACCUGGUAGUCCUGGACGGCGAGGGCUCCAAGGGUUUCCAGGCCGCCCCGGCUUCAUGGGCAGAGAAGGAGUGAAAGGUGAGAAGGGAGAUGAGGGUCUGAAAGGAGACAAAGGGCCUGUGGGAUACUCCGGACCCAAGGGAGCACGCGGCUUCAAAGGUGACAAAGGAGACGCAGGUGUGGAGGGCCCCCAGGGCCCUGAUGGCCCUAAGGGUGCUGAUGGCGAGUGCCCCGAGUUCUGCGAGUCGGUGGUGGGUGACCCCGGACAGCCAGGCCUGCCCGGCAGCCCCGGCCCCAGAGGCAUGCCCGGUGCGGAGGGCCCGUCAGGAAGCCCUGGAGCCAAGGGCGACAUGGGCGACAACGGCAUGCCAGGCGAGCCCGGAACCCCGGGCCAGAAGGGCGACCAAGGCGCCGAGGGCGACUGCAACUGCUCCGACGGCGCCGAGGGCGCCCCGGGUCCGGCCGGCGCCAAGGGCGAGAAGGGCGAGGUGGGCGACCAGGGCGUCUUGGGCGAGACGGGCCCCGCCGGCCCCAAGGGAGACAUGGGCAACAUGGGCAUGAUGGGGCCGCCGGGUCCCUGCACGCCCGCCAUCCAGUCCUCCUUCUCGGCCGCGCUGGCCUUCUCCUUCCCCAGCCCCAACCUGCCCGUGCCCUUCCCCAACGUGCUGACCAACAUGCAGGGCCACUUCAACCCCACCAUGGGCAUCUACACGGCGCCCGCCAACGGCACCUACGUCUUCCACUACCACCUGUCGGUGUACGACCGCGUGCUGAAGGUGGGCCUCUUCCACAACUUCGCGCCCGUCGUCAAGACCACGGAGGCGGCCGAGCUGGGCACGGCCUCCAAGACGGUGGUGCUGCACCUGAACCGGAUGGACAUGGUGUGGCUGCAGGUGCGUGACCUGCUGACCAACGGCGCCUACACCAGCAGCGAGACCAGCAGCACCUUCUCUGGCUACCUGCUGCAGCCCGACUCCUGCGACCUGCCGCUGUUCGGACGAGACUUCCUCACGCCCCCGGCGCCGCCAAUGCAGGGCGAGUACAGCUGGGGCGAGCUGCCCGUGUACACCACCACCGCGCCACCCACGCCCACCGAAGCCGCCCCCUAA